UUACAGCACUGCGUGGUGGACAUGCGCGGAGCUGCAACGAAUAUGGCGGCUUGCAUCUGAUAGAAAGUGAGGAAUCUCCCAUCAAAAUACAACAAGGUAGCAGCCUGUCUGACUUCAGCUCCGCUGCACGCUUAACCUUGGUCAUCAUGGGUCGAACGCCACACAGAGAUCAGAAAGAGGAGAAAGAGAGACGUAGCAGCAUCACAGCAGGAUCUCCCCUCGACAAAUCUAAUGAACCAUUCAGAUGGGAAGACUAUCUGAGAGAAACAUCCUCUACUGCGGCGUCGCCUACUAGCUUCAAACAGUCCAGAAUCCCCCCCUCUAAUGACUUUAAAGCGGGAAUGAAACUUGAAGCACGGGACCCUCGCAACUCUAACUCUGUGUGCAUUGCAACGGUGAUGGGCAUGAUGGGCACCCGCCUACGCCUACGUCUGGAUGGAAGUGACAACACCAAUGACUUCUGGAGACUGGUUGAUUCGUUAGACAUCCAACCAAUAGGAACAUGUGAGAGGACCGGAGACAUGCUGCAGCCACCGCUGGGUUUCAGGAUGAAUGCUUCCUCAUGGCCCAUGUUCCUCCUGCGGACGCUGAGUGGAGCAGAGAUGGCUCCUGCCUCUGCUUUUAAAAAGGAACCAACCACACCAGAUAAAAACUACUUCCAGCCUGGUAUGAAGCUGGAGGCGGUGGACAGGAAGAACCCCUACCUGAUUUGUCCCGCCACAGUGGGAGAGGUCAGAGGUCAGGAGAUUUUCGUUAUGUUUGACGGCUGGCGAGGUGCCUUUGAUUACUGGUGCCCCUUUGACUCCAGAGACAUCUUUCCCGUCGGCUGGUGUGCCCUGACAAAACACAGUUUACAGCCGCCUGGAAAUUUUUUUACGCUCCCUGGUGCACUGCUUGUUCCGGUUUCUUCCCCCUCAUCCUCCCUCACUACACGUCGAUCCUCUUCCAACUGUUCCUCAUCCUCCAUGCAGACCUCAUACCGACUGCCCAAUCCCUUGCCACCCCUCCCUGUGCGCAAGGGUGUCCGUGGUCGUCGUCCCAAAUCCCAGACUAUUGCUUUGUUGAAGGCAGCGGCUGAGGCUGCAGCGGCAGCAGCAGUAAAUGGAUCAUCAACGUGUCCUGCCAGGACGAGCUCUGAGGUUACUCUGGCCCCAAGACCACACAAGAAGCGAGGGCCCAAGCCUCGGAACAAGAAGAAGCCAGGGCUGGUGAAAUCUCUGGGGACACCGGCAGUUACAGUCCCCCCUCCAGAGACCAGAAUGGUCCCCGGACACGCCUCAGCAGACAACCAUAGCAACAGCUCAAAUGUAGUAUGCACAGUGUGUGUCUAUGUGAACAAGCAUGGGAACUACGGCCCGCAUCUUGACAGAAAGCUAGUGCAGCAGCUACCCGACCACUUUGGCCCGGCUCCAGUCAACGCAGUGCUGCAGCAGGCUGUUCAAGCCUGUGUUGACUGUACGUACCAGCCCUCUGUGAUGCUGUCCUUCCUGCAGAGCCAGUCCCACACAGGAGGAGAGGUCAUCAGAGUGCGGUCAGAGCAUGGUAUACGCUACGUGAAGCUACCCUCGGCCUCCAGUACGUCGUCUGUGCUGCGGUUCUUGGAGAACAUGUGCCAACAUCUGGAGAGUGACAGUUUGUUCAGCUCCCAGCCUUUCAGCCCCUUCAGCAACAACACACGCUUCUACAACAGGACCAAGUCAGAACCACUUUCCCACCCUGAGAACAGCAUGUCCAAAGAAGACUCUACAAAGGAUGCUGCUCCCAGCACCCACACCUCUCUCACAACAUCGGACUACAGGGUAACAAAGAAGGAGCGGCCAUAUUACCCUGGACACACACACACACCGCCACCCCUAAGACGCGUCAGCUCAAACCCCACUGAACUUGGCCAGAUGUGUCCACCCAGACGAGUUGAGGCCGCUAGCUCGACGACGGGCCCAGACCACGUGAAGCAAGACAAAGAGGGUUCAGGGAGCGACACCUCUUCCUGGUCAGUGGAUGAUGUCAUGCGGUUUGUCCAAGAUGCUGACCCCCAAACUCUCGGCCCGCAUGUCGAACUGUUCAGAAAACAUGAGAUUGAUGGCAGAGCUCUGAUGCUGCUGCGCAGUGAUGUCAUUAUGAAGUACAUGGGACUGAAGCUGGGUCCGGCGCUCAAACUCUGUCAUCACAUUGAAAAGCUGAAACAUAGCAAACAAUAGAGGAUGAAGACAAACUUUUUCCUACUGGCAACCAAACACACACAAAACCCUUUUUACUCUACAGGGAUGUUGUGUAAACCCAACUGACCCAGGGUCGUAGCUACCAUUGAGGACACUGAGGUAAAGUCUUCUGGUUUUUUUCUGUAGUUGGAUAAUGAAGGGAGUUUACAAAUACAAACUUACAAAUGAUGGUCAUUUAUUUGACUGAUUUGAGUAUUUUUUUCACUUUUACAAAAUUUGACUGCUUUUGGCCAAAUACCUCAGUAAUCUGAAGUCAGAUAUAUUGUAAUAAACCUCUGAUGCCAUCAUUAAUCAAACUUAGUACCAAACAUUUGCUGGAAGAUUUGCAACUUCAUCUCUUCGGAUAUAUGGCUGUUUCAGGAUUUAAGGAUCCCCACUCAAGAUUGGUAAAGUUAGUUCAUACUGUCAGUGAACUCCACGCUGUAACAUUUCAAAUAAUGCAAUAACGUUACUGUAUGACUGCAUCUGUUACAGGAUGUUGGAAUUAGUUUCCCGGGUUUUAAACAGGAGUGCUUACAACAUCAACAACAACAACAGUCAGUAUAUGAGCAGUGUGAAUAGUGGUCUUUCCAGAUGUUGUAGAAAUGAUUUUGAACCCCUCAAGUUAAUCACACAAAAUAAGGAUUUGUUUUUCUUUUUUUUGACAAAGAUCAUAAUUAACUUGAGUGAGCACCACGUACAUUAUGUCUUAUUUUGGAGGAAGACCUUGAAGAUCAGUUCCUGAAGAGUUAUUGCUCUUUUUUUUAUGUGUGUUCCGUAUACUGGAAGACACUGAAGCUGAAAAUAACAACGUGAGGACUGAUGUGGCCUCUUGAUUGUUUUAUUCUUUAACAGUCAAGCAAUUACACACGCAGGCACAAGAUAUAGGCCCUACAAAGACUGAAAUACUGUAUGUGUUGACAUUUAAAUAAAGUCAAGGCCUCUUAAUGUUUAGUUGAAAGAUGCUAAUGAGAGAGUUGGGGGGGGGACUGUUUUGUACAAAGUCAAGCCAAAAUGUUUUUGAUAUCAUUUUCUACUGUAACAAAGUGUAAAAAGCGUAAAUGUUAUCACAUUUAUUCCUGCCUGAAAUAGUUUUUGUGCACACCAUCAAAUAACUACCUACAGGAAAAUGCUGUGUGUGGGUAAUAAUUCACAUGUUUCAAAGUAUUUAUCUGUUUUACUAUGGCAGAAAUAAUCAUUUUCUGAACAUUUCAGACCAUUUCCGAAACCAAAACAUGUGUGUUGUAGCUGCAUUUCACACUGUUGCUCUCCUGUAGUGGUGACAAGUUUAAACUUUACUUGAAACCAUCUUGCUUUAAUGUCAAACUCAGGUUUUAGUAGGGGUCGUUUCAUAGAAAAUGUUUUACAUAGUUAGCAUUUUUCAUUUAUUACGACAUAGACGGACUGCACAAUAACCAACUAUGUAUAUUUUUAUGCCUUGACAUCUAUUAUCGCCCAACAGCUUUUUACUGUAAUUUCGACAAAAAAUGUUUGACAAAUAUGUUUGAUAUGCAAUCAUACAAAUAAACAUUUGUUUAUGUCAUCUAAA